AUGGAGGCCGAUGGUACAUGGGGUGAUCACGUGAUUCUCCAUGGUGCGGCAAACUGCUUUAAUACCUGCAUUCACGUGAUCAGCAAUCAUCAUCGUGAUGUACUGAUUAACCCACAACGUGGAGAUGCCGACCGUGACCGGCUUGUACUGGGACACUUAUAUGGGCUUCACUAUGUUAGCCUUAUUCCAUGCAAAUCACCUGAAGGUAAUUCACCUCUUGCCUUGUAAUGUUAGAUUUAAAAAGACACUUUAACAAAUAGAAGUUAUUGUUGUGUUGAAGUGGCAGUAUGUUAUGUCAAGUUUUUGCCGCCUGUCUGAAGUCUUGGUUCUAGUGCCACGUGUCACUUGUAAAAUGAUGACAUUCAUUUAUUUAGUAACAACCCGUGUAGAAGGAACAUCUCCACAGCGUUCCGAGCCCUUUUGUUAAAACUUAUGAUUUUAUUUUCGCCAAAAAGCUCAAAAAUAGAACAGAAGUAAAUCUGUCAAGCAAACUACAAAAACUUGGUUUUUCCAUUGUCACGCUUUGUUUUCUUUUUGAAGCCGUUCAAAAAACUCGCAGUCUUGUAUAAUCAGGUUUAAAAACUCUUGGCCUCGCCUCGAAUGUUUAUCCUGAUAAUACAAGACUGCGAGUUUUUUGGACGGCUUCAAAAUCUCUGAUAUAGAUCAACUCAUUCUUACACUAAUAUUUAGAUUUGGGGUUAUUUUGGUUUAAAAAAUUAGACGUAAAGUUUAGCCGUGUCUUUAUCAGAUAUAAAGACACUCAUUAAACAUUUAUUUCUUUUGUUUUUUUCUUAUGAAUUAUUAAUCGAUUUUGGAAUUUUCAUCUCGCGACAUAUUAAGGCAAACGACUCAUAAAAAACAACUCUAGGUUAUGAAUACAUCAUUACUUUUUAGACUUAUGGACAGUAAAGCGCCAGAAACGCAGAUUAGAAACGGACGAAGAUGAUGCUCAUUUGGAUUGGGGUAAGGAUAAAGUAAUGAUUUUUGGUAUCAGAAAGGUAGAUUUGCUACAAGUUGCCUCUCAUAAGUUCUUAAAAGUGAGCGAAGUGAGCUUCAAUGCAUGAGGUCGCGGGUUAUCAGCCGAAGCCGAAGGCUGAGGCCGAUAAACCUUUACUGAGACCUUGAUCAUUCUGAAUAUCACAAAAACCGGAUCUAAUAAUUGUUUUAUUAUACAUUGAACGAAUCCUUUCUUUCUCGCUUCGACAUGAAAUGUUUUCACAGUUUGUGCCAACUCUUCCUUUUCCUCAGGUUCUCUCAGUUUUUUAUCUUUCACAUAAUCAACAAACAGCUCCUUUGCCACCUUCGUCGACCUUUUUGUGUUUGUGAGUCCUUGUGUUCAACUAUUUUUUCGAUGUCUUGCUGGGUCAACGAAGCAAACCUGGAGGUCUAGUUUUUGCUUCUUCACUGACGGCAAGCAACACAAAGCGCGCGGACUUGACAUGAUUACCCUUAGAAAUCAUUCACCGCGGUCAUACAUGACAUGAUUACCCGUGACCUUGAGUGUCCUUGACAUGAUUUUUGUAUAAUCUGCAGCUACAGUCUCAGUCAAAAUGGUUGGGACACUUUGGGGUCUCCUUGUCCCCUCAAUGUUGGUGUACAAGAUUUGGUGACCGAACCGCGAUAAACAACUUUGAGAGAGACGAGGUGAGCACGAGAAGGGAAAAAACAGCGUUUGGCUAAAGUGUCCCAACUAUUUUUGUCUGAGACUGUAGAUGAUGUCCCAGGCGCUGAUUUCGAAAAUUCCCUGUACGCUUUCAGCCAAUUAGAAAAGAGAUAGUGAGUUGUAUGUAUAAUAAUGGCAAAUGUCUGUUAUUUUUUGUUAUGUAAAGGUGGAGAGAAAAACAAGAAACACAAAUCAGGCAAGAAGUAG